AUGGUUCACAAUGGAAUCGAGCACGGGAUGAUGACGGCGUUUUCUGAGGCUUGGGAAGUCAUGACCACGGGGCUUGGCAUGAGUUACAAUGAGGACGUCGCCAAUUCCGCGGGGACUGGGACGUGGGCUGCAGAGGAAGGAAUUCGAUUGCAUGUGGUGCACCCGACGAUAGCUCUGUCUCGCAUCUUUCGUGCGGCAUUGACUGAAGCGGCCAAGAGAGAAAGCAUCAAAAAGGCACUGGGCGGAGGUGUUCAGCCAGGCAAAAUCAACGGCAUUGUGGGUAGGAAGAAGUUAGUGCAUGAGGAGGUCCAGCAGGCGAUGUAUGCCUCGUUAUUGAUGUCUUUCAUUCAGGGGCUACACAUGCUGUCAAGGGCGAGUCAGGAAAAUGGAUGGAACAUCAACUUCCUAGAUGUUCUGCAGGUCUGGAGGGCUGGGUGCAUCAUUCAGAGCGAUGGUAUUGUUGAUUUCCUUGAAGGCGUCCACAAGACCAGCAAGUUGGACCAUGAUAACCUACCUGCUUCCACGAGUGUGGUCGAAGAGCUUCAACGAGAUUAUCCUGGACUUGAAGCAGCGGUAUGGCGAGCAAUUGAGGCAGACCUUCACGUGCCAGCGUUGAGCGCCAGCCUAGAAUACUUCAAGUACUCAAGCUCCACUAGUCUUCCAACCCAGUUCGCCGAAUUGGAUUACUUUGGGGCUCACAUGUUUAACCUCAGGUUCGAGGGUCCAGGAAAGCCCCAGACUGGCAGUUAUCAUUUUGAGUGGAAGGAGGCUAAAGGCAGUCAGGAGACGUAG